AACAUGCUUGCGCGCCUCCGAUUCGUUCAGAUAUGCGCCAGGUCACCCUGAGGGCUUCCGGUCUGGUAUAUAUAACUGACGCCGCAGACGAGCCAUGUCAUCCACAACAUCUCCCAACAACCUUACCCUCUUGACCGCCAUACCAAUACCAUGUCCCCAGUUCGAGUUCCUUCCCACGGCGACGGCUGGGCUUCUCCUCCCCAGACCAAGCAGGUCUACUCUAUCGCCUCCAUCCCAGCCGAUGGAAUCGGACCCGAAGUCGUCGAGGCUGCCAUCACCGUUCUUCAAGCUAUUGCCAAGAAACGCGGCACUUUCCACCUAGACUUUACCAACUUUGACUGGUCUUCGGAGACCUACAAGAAGACUGGAAAGUACGUCCCGAAAGAUCACCUGAAGAUCCUGCGCCAGUUUGAUGCUAUCCUAUUCGGGGCAGUGGGCGCCCCCGACGUACCUGAUCAUAUAUCUCUUUGGGGUCUUCGAUUGGCCAUCUGUCAGCCUCUUCAACAAUAUGCUAACGUUCGACGAACUCGUAUCCUUCCUGGUACCGAGUCGCCUCUUCGCAACUGCGGAACGGGCCAGCUCGACUGGGUCAUCGUCCGCGAGAACUCGGAGGGUGAAUACGCUGGACACGGUGGGCGCUCUCACAAUGGGUAUGGACAUGAAGUCGCCACGGAGAUCUCCAUCUUCACCCGCGUGGGUGUAGAGCGUAUCGCUCGCUUUGCCUUCCAGCUCGCCGAGUCAAGACCCCGCAAGAAGCUCACCUACGUCACUAAAUCCAACGCUCAGCGCAAUGGAAUGGUCAUGUGGGACGAGGUCGUCAACGAGGUUGCCCAAGAGUUCCCCGAUGUUGAGCUUGACCAUAUGCUCGUUGACGCAAUGACUGUCCGAAUGGUCCUUCAUCCCCAAUCGCUGGAUACCAUCGUAGCCACCAAUCUCCAUGCCGACAUUCUCUCCGACCUUGCAGCUGCUCUCGCUGGAUCGAUCGGUAUUGCGCCCACUGCCAACCUCGACCCUUCCCGCCAAAACCCUUCCAUGUUUGAACCAAUCCAUGGGUCUGCUUUCGACAUCACGGGCAAAGGCGUCGCCAAUCCCGUCGCCACUUUCUGGACCGCUGCAGAGAUGCUCGAGUGGCUAGGCGAGAAGGAAGCGGCCGUUCAGCUCAUGGCUGCUGUAGAGGCAGUGUGCGUCGAUGGGGUCAAGACGAGGGAUCUGGGAGGCUCUGCUACCACCAAGGAGGUGACUAAGGCUGUCGUGGACCGCAUAUUUGAGUCUUGAUUGUGGCUACAUAGAAAAUGACAGACUGGGACUGGACGGAACGCGUUAUGAUGAAUUCUCCUGAUUUGACAGAGGAGAUAAUGUCUCUGCAUCUGGUCGUUUUCAUUUCACUGCACCAUCAUGCUGCCACCAUGCCGCCACCAUCAUAGCCAUAU